AAGCUCGACGCGCGUGGAUUGGAACCUUGGGAAACCUCAUCAUCAUCAAAGCUUCCCACCUUUCAUCAACCCAAUCCAUCCUAUCGACUACCUCUACCUCUAACAAUCCCGACAAAUAUAACGGUCGAUACAUAUACAAACAACACCCGAAUAAUACGGCUAAAAUCCGAACAAGAUGGCCAUGUUCAGCCAAAACCCCGUCCUUAACGGACCCAACUACUCCUUCGCCGAUGUUCCUAAAGCUGCCCUAGAUGGCUUCCGACAACACCAUUUCAACCCAUACACCGACAACGGCGGCUCCACCCUCGCCAUCGCCGGCGCCGAGUUCGCCAUCAUGGCCGGCGACACCCGUCUUACAUCGGGAUACAGCAUCAACACACGAUUCGCGCCCAAGUUAUUCAAGAUCGGCGGGUCGAACUCGUCGCAGGACGACGCCAACAUCCUGCUCUCAGUAGUCGGGUUCGCAGCGGACGGCGAGGCCCUGAAGGAGCGUCUCGACGCUAUUUGCAAAAUGUACCGCUACCGCCACGGCAAGCCGAUGUCCGUGAACGCGUGCGCGAAACGGCUAUCGACGAUCCUGUACCAAAAGCGGUUUUUCCCGUACUACGUCUACGCCAUCCUAGGAGGGCUGGACGAGGAGGGUAAGGGUGCUGUGUACAGCUACGACCCCGUGGGCAGCUACGAGCGCGAGCAGUGCCGCGCGGGCGGCGCUGCAGGCAGUUUGAUCAUGCCUUUCCUCGACAACCAGGUCAACUUCAAGAACCAGUACGUCCCCGGCAGCGGCGUCGGCCACGAGCUGCAGGAGCGGGAGCGCGUGCCGCUGCCGAGGAACGAGGUGGAGAUCCUGGUCAAGGAUGCGUUCGACUCCGCCGUCGAGCGACAUAUCGAGGUCGGUGACGCACUGCAGAUGAUGAUCAUCACUAAGGACGGCAUCGAGGAGAAGAUUCUCCCGUUGAAGAAGGACUAAGGGCUUUCCGGUGCUCCGGUUCAAGCGGCUGUGUAUCAUAGCAUAGGCAACGGAGUUCCUGGGGUCUAAAUAAAUCAUGAUUGAUCGUUGAUGCCUAAGGCUAUGCUUGCUUUGGUUGGUGAGUGGCGAAUUUCCAUUAAGGCGGAAAGCCAUUCGACUAUCUAGUGCAUCAUUCACUCAUGCGUACCUGUGCAACCGAGUACUCUCUCAGUUGCUGCAGCUGGAGUGAUAGUUGCAUGCGACUGCAAUGGUAUCCUCCAAGGUUAGGGGUAGCAAGCCAUCGAAUCUAUUUUCGGUAUCGUUGACCCCGAAUUCUUAUCCCAAGUUUAUCGCUCACGAUUUAAUAAAGAGAUUUACCCCUCUCA